GUCAGCAGACGGCGAUGUGCGUCUUUCAGGCGACGCUGCCAGCGUGACGUAUAAUCUAGUGGACGGUUCUUCAUAAACAGCUCGUCAACCACCUCGGUAGCUUGCUAGCCAACAUAACCGAAAGAUUCAAGCUAUUUAUACGCUUUUGGUGUAUAUUACCUACUGUGUUUUAGACACACUUCUGUCGUAUCUACUUGUUAACCUAUUUAAUUUAAUAUUACGUUAUUUUGUAUUAGUCAGCUAUAGUAGCUGGCUGGUUAAGUUAGCACUAGCCUAGUCCCUAAUGAUAGCUAGCUAGCUAACAUCCCCGAACAUGAGCUCAGUAAGCUUCUCCCCUCUUGUUAAAGAAGAGGAGGUCUGCUGGACGGAGAAAGAAGCUCUGGGGCUGAACAUUGUCGUGAAAGAGGAGAAGGAAGAAGAGGAUGUCACAGUAAAACAAGAAGUAGAGGGUGAUGCUGUUACAGUGAAAGAAGAAGAGAAAGACGCGUUCAGAGUUUAUGGAGUGAAAGAGGAGGAGGAUUUUUCUGUGAAAGAAAAGGAGGAAGAUGAAGUUUUUGGAGUGGAGGAUGAAGAGGGGGAGAUUACUGUCACAUUAGAGGAGGAUGAAGAACAGAGGACUGGAGAUCUGAUUAACACCAGUAAAUACAGAGAGAGAUGUGACUGUCGUGGAUCCUCUGGGGAGCCUCAACAACCUCAUGAUGCUGACAAGGCAGAGAAGAUUCUCUCCACAUCAGAACACCUCCAGAAACACCAGCAGAGAACCACAGGGAAGAAAUCUCACUGCUGCUCUGACUGUGGGAAAUGUUGCAAAUCUUCAUCAGAACUUAAAAUACACCAGAGAACACACACAGGAGAGAACCCUUAUAGCUGUGAUCAAUGUGGGAAGACUUUUACUACAUCUAGCCAACUAACUGUACACCAGAGAACACACACAGGAGAGAAACCAUAUAGCUGUGAUCAAUGUGGGAAGAGUUUUGCUAAAUCUAGCCAUCUGACUGCACACCAGAGAACACACACAGGAGAGAAAUCUUAUACCUGUGAUCAAUGUGGGAAGAGUUUUGCUAAAUCUAGCAAUCUGACUACACACCAGAGAACACACACAGGAGAGAAACCAUAUACCUGUGAUCAAUGUAGGAUGAGUUUUUCUACAUCUAGCAAUCUAACUAACCACCAUAGAACACACACAGGAGAUAAUCCGUGCUGUGAUCAAUGUGGGAAGAGUUUUUGUACUCCUAGGUAUCUAACUAUACACCAGAGAACACACACAGGAGAGAAACCUUAUAGCUGUGAUCAAUGUAGGAAAAGUUUUUCUUCUUCUAGCUAUCUAACUAUACACCAUAGAAUACACACCGGAGAGAAACCUUUUAGCUGUGAUCAUUGUGGGAAGAGUUUUUCUUCUUCUCGCUAUCUAACUAUACACCAUAGAACACACACAGGAGAGAAACCAUAUAGCUGUGAUCGAUGUGGGAAGAGUUUUACUCAGCCAAACAGCCUGAAUAUACACAAGCGGACAAACACAGGGGAAGAGAUACUCUGAUAAAAGAUCUCUGAUUAAACAUAAAAUACAUCAAGGAGUUGUUUCAUGAUAUCAAUGAAAUAAUGUCACAAUGUAGAAUGUUUUAAUGAUGUCACAAUGUAGAACGUUUUAACAUUGUAGUAGGAGUAUUUUAAUGAUGUCACAAUGUAGAAGCCUAAACAUUUGUCCCUGUUACACUUCCCACGUUGGUGACCCACUUGAAUCAAAAUGCAACACUUCAAAAUGUAGCAAACUGUUUUCUACAAAUUGUCCUCUAACCAGGGAUGUACACAUUACUCCCAGAUUCUGUGUGGUUUUUGAGCUAUUCGUUUUAACAGGACGUGCAACCUCAUCUCCCUCCUGUUGCACAAAUGAUUUUAGCAUGAAAUUGAUUAGUUAUGACAAAUUAGUGUUGCGUUCCUUUGUUUAGCGACCCCUACAUUUAAAUGCAUUCCAACAUCACGUACAACCUGAUUUCCCCCCUAAUUGAUAUCAGUGAUUUAUUGCUACUUGUCAAAACAACGUUUCUGGAAAUAUGAUUAUUGUGGCAGAUGUUUGUGUAAAUAGCACAUGUUAUGUUUAGGUUUUCAAUUUAUCCCAAACUGUUUCUGCAUAUUGGUUAUUGAUUUGGACAUGUUAAAACUGUGUUUUGACAUUGAGGCUAUCCCACCUAGCACAAUGUAAUUGAAAAGUCGUUGAAAAUAAGACUAUGCAAUCAAAAAAAAAUGUAUAUAUUUUUCUAUUAUACCAUGCCUUACCAUUAAGUUAAUUAUUGCCAAUACAUAUUAACAAAGGGGUGUCCAUUUGGUUUUGAUCAUUCAUAUUUACAAUUCAUGUAACUUUUAGUAAUCAUAAUUAUUUAUGCAAUCAACUGACAAUUUACGGGUAUAAUUAUAUUGACAUUGUUGCCCUUCUUUUAGAAUAGCAGGUUUAAUUCUCAGAUGUGCCAAACCAAAUUUACUAGAGCAUGACAUUGGGGACUGGGGCCCGAUCCAACAACAUGCCUAUCGAGUGAACCCUGAAAAGAGAGAGAAGCUCCGCAGUGAGGUGGAAAGUUACUACGGAAAUUGCAGGAGUUUGAUUGUUCCAAGGGUGGGCAGUCAUAGUUUUGCGUUUAGCCAUUGCGUUGCCAUGGAUCACAAUUUAUUUUGACUGCACGGUUUUCCGUAUUGGAGAUGAGUUUUGUUUGGGCUCGUUCCAAGGGGACGAGAGUUCUAGAAGCUAGUGGGUUUUAGGAAGAGGAGAGUUCUAGAAGAUAGUGAGUUCUAGGAUUCUAUAGAAUGAAAAAGGAGAAAAAAAGAAUACGAUUGUAUAUUAUUAUUUAGAAAUACGUGUUUUUUCUUGAUUUUAAUUGUUGACAGCCAGUAGACACUAUGUUUAUAUUGUAGAAGCAUUGUAGUUGAUUAUGUGAAAUGGAGGUUUUCUGUUUGGGGGUGAGCAAACAUGUCCAACAAAAAUUAUAGGUUUUAUUUGUUGUCUUAAGGGGGAAGGUGUUACAGGCUUUGGUUUUUCCAUUUAUGUUUUGAGGUUGGUCUUUAUCACGUCUAGCUCGUUAGCACGUAGGACGCACCGAUUCGUGUCACCUCGUUAGUCAGUAUGUGUUACACCUGUGCUGGCUUGUCCAUCUCGUUAGUGGGAAGGUGUUUCACCUGAGCUGGUCCAGGUUCUAUUUAAGAGUGUCUGGCCCAUUGCUUCAGUUGUCUUGAUAGAUGUGGAGAGUCAACACCUUUAGUUGCGCCACCUUUUUGGUUUGCUUCUUGUCUUUAAGUUUGGUGUGGGUUUUUCAUUUGUUUGCUUCUUCUUGGGCAGAUUUAGUGGGUCUCAUGGUGGGUGUCUUUUAGGUCCCAGUUGUUGUUACUAGUCAACUUUCAGUGGACACUGAGAGCAAAACUGCAACAUUAUGUUAUAAUACUUUUAUUGCAUCAAAUGGUUGUUUUAUGCAACAGAAUAGAGGGUUCUUAGAACUAUAGUGUCUGUGUGUUCUACUGAGGACGGGCCUCUGGGAGAAAACACUGACAGGAGAUUUACAAUGUCUUUUGGGUGAUAAACCUGAAGAGACCGCAUUCCAGAGCAUGAGUUAAUGUUUCUGUUCUAUAUGGUACCAGGGAGAGAUGACCCCAGGGCCAGACCCUGGUCUCUACACAAAGAGUGCUGUUUUUACAGCAGAUACUGUCUGCUGAGAAUUAUAAGUAUCUUUCAUACAAAUCUUAACCUUGUGACCCGUUCUAUACAUCUGUUGUUCGUCAUGUAGGUUGAAAGGGGUGUAUCUUGGCUAUAGAAGACCUUUGUCCCGUGGGUUGACCAGCCAUCAUUAUCGUAGAGCACUCAAUUGAUUAUCUUUAUAUUUGUACGUUGUA